CGCACUGAUCCUUUGUUGGAGAAGUAAGGCCAAGGUGCUCAGUCGCCGUCAGUGACAGCGAGAAGAAGUGUGCAGUAUGUUUAUGUUCAUCCUGCUGGUUUUUUUCCGCGUACAAGUGGCUCUGGCUGAGUCUCACUCACUGAUCUAUUACUACACCAUGACCCAUGGGACUGCUGACCUACCAGAGUAUAUUGUCGUGGGUGUCCUGGAUGGCUAUGAGAUACAGUAUUAUGACAAAAAUAUGGAAGUGACGGUUCCAAGGCAGGAAUGGAUGGCGGCUGCAUUUGACAAGUCUUACUGGGCUGGAGUUACAGUCACUCAAAGUGGUUUCCAUGGAAUCAUCAAGGGGCAGGUGACGGAAUGGCUGCAGCAACGUAACGAAACAGCAAAUUAUCACUAUCUUCAAGGGCAGUUUGGUUGUGAGGUGAAUGAUCCCAGUCCCAACAACGGGAUACUGAAGCUCGCUUUUGAUGGAAGAUAUGCAUUUAGUUUUGAUAAAGACAAGCUAAAGUGGAUUGUACAUGAUCCAAUAGCUCAGCCCUUCAAAGAGAAAUGGGAUAAUAAUGUGAAAAUGGACCAUUAUUUCAAGAGCUUGUUAGAAAAUGAUUGUGUGAAUCUAUGGAGGACAUAUUAUGCAGUUGGAGAAGCAUACCUGACCAGAAAAGUUACCCCUGAGGUCUCUCUUGAUGCACGCAAGCGUGAUCGUUGGUUUCUCUACUGCAACGUGUCUGGAUUUUACCCGCCGGCCAUCAGCGUGACCUGGUUCCGGAAUGGGCAACGUGUCUCUGAGAUGAAAUCCACAGGGAUAUUACCCAAUGUAGAUGGUACAUAUCAACUGAAGUCUGUCCUUGAGCUUGAUCCGUUUGAUGGUAAAGUGUAUUCCUGCCAUAUUGAUCACAGCAGCUUGCCGGAUGGGAAGACAGUCGUCUGGGAAGGAAAUUCGAAGGAAGACAGGCACAUAGGGCUGAUUGCCGUGUGUGUACUGAUAUUGCUGUCUGUUAUUCUGGGAGGAAUUGUUUUCUUGAGAAAGAGGAGAAAAGCUUAUGAAAAUAUUCGAGCAAACCAGAAUUUGAGAUGCUGACCAGUUGCUAAAUCGGAGACAUCUUGGAUGAAACAGACAAAUUGAUCAUGGAUGAAUUGGCAGUCAAACAAACACAAUAGAAAAUUCCACGGGUUCACCAUUCUUUGGGAGAGAAUUUUUCCUCAGUUCAGUCCUACAUAUCUUGCCACUUACCUUCCAACUGUGAUCCCUGGGCUGUGAAUUGCCCUGAUAUCCUUCCUGCAUCUAGUCUGCCCAGUCCUGUUAGAAAUUUGAGAGUUUGAGAUCCUUUCUUUUAAUAUUCAACAAACAAGCCUAAUUUACCUAAUCUCACUUCAUCUAUCAGUCCUCCCAUCUCAAGAAUCUGAUGAACCCUCUCUGCAUUAUCUCCAAAGCAAGAAUCUCCUUCCUCCAAUAAGGAGAACAAAAUUCAGACAAGAUUCAAGGUGUUGUCUCAGGAGUCCACAAAAAAAUUGCAGAAAGAUAUCACUCAAGGCUUCAAUCUUGCUAGGGAGACUCAUUGCAUGUGUAUGCUUGCUUUUAGUGAAUCAUGAGCAAGGAUAAUCAUUGCCUCUCAGUAAAUUUAUUUUGGUUUAGAUAAUCUUGAUUUUAUUGGCACAAAUGGAUAGUCUCUCACUUUUCAUGCUAUAAGCAUUUGUUCAGUCCCUCUGCACUAAUCAUGCAUCUACAUUAAUCAUUUUCAUCUUGCAUCCUUCCUGCAACUUCCACCCACUUCACAAAGGUCAAUUUACAGUCACCAAUGAUCCUAUCCAUCAGAACUUACUUGACGCAUGGGAGUGAAAUGUAACACAUGGAGGGCUCCAUACUGUCAGGGAGAAUAGAGCUCCAAGCUUUGGAUUGAAUUCAGAUCUCUUGAGCUGAGGCAGGAGUGCUAACAACUGUGCCAAUAUGCCACAAAAUCUGCUUGACUCUGUCCAAUUGUGUCACUCUUUCCCAGGUGCCCUCCUAUCAUGUGUUUAUAUUUAUUCCCACCACUGUCAGGCUCACUGGUCUAUAGUUCUGUUCUCGCUCCAUAGCUUUUAAAUAGUGGGGUUACAUUAACUGUCUUCCAUCCAUUGGUUGUACUCUGCAAAAAUUCCAAUGUCAGAAAAUGAGACCAAUUUCUAGGAUUACUUCAUGAAGUCUGGAGCCUUGGGAAAUUGCUAGUUUUUCAUCCUGUCAGUUUCCUCCAUGUUAUUUCCCUAUUUGUUCUGAUUUCAU